AUGGAAGGUAGAUUUCAUGAGCAAGACGACUCCCCCAGCACUCAAGAAAACGUGGCUGAUUCUCCACUUUCCCUUGGGGAUGAAGCAACUGAAGAAGUUUACGAGCCGUCGCCCAAAAAAAGGAGAGGCGCAAAGAAGAGGGUAGUGACAAUACCAAUUGGCGGCUGCGGCGGUGAUGGAGCCCGGAGUAAAGCGGAGGGGUAUCCGCCGCCGGAUUCUUGGUCCUGGAGGAAAUAUGGCCAGAAACCCAUAAAGGGUUCACCUUAUCCAAGGGGAUAUUACAGGUGCAGCAGCUCAAAAGGUUGCCCUGCUAGGAAACAAGUUGAGCGGAGCCACCUUGAUCCCACCAUGCUCCUCAUCACCUACUAUUGUGACCACAACCACCCUCUCCCCGCCACCACAAAAUACCACCACCACCGCCACUCUGCCACGCCGGUAGCUGCCUCCACCUCCUCGUCCGCCACUACUGUUCUCGCCGAGGAAGAAUGUGCUACAUUUGGCAACCCACCAAAACUCGAGCAGGAGAACAAUGGCUUCACCGAGCUCGCGGGCGAGUUUGGCUGGUUGGUCGAUGUUGGGUGCACGGUACUUGAUAGUCCUGUUCUUUUGGGUCCCACGUUGGCCCAAGCUGACUUGGAAGUGUUCAUGCCAAUUGGAGAAGAGGAUGAGUUUUUGUUUGGUGAUUUGGGGGAUUUGCCGGAGUCAUCAGUGUUUUUGCGGCGUUGCAGUACAGAGACACCGUGCUGCGGCGGCACAGGAUGA